UCAGUCAGUCAGUUGGUUGUCUUCGAUCACGCAGUUCGGCCAUGGGUUAGCGAAUGAAAAACAGGAUUUCCCCACCCUGUUUUGCACCAAAUGUUGGGUAUUGAAUCCGAAAAUGAAAUUAAGGAAAUUCGUGAUUAUUCGGUAGGGCUUUUAGCUAGAAAGUGCAUCACAUUGUUCGGCCAACUGAAGGUCUUCCUGGAGUAGAUAUUGUGGUAGCGAAUAUAUUUCGAGUAUAGUUAAAAAAAAUCGUGAAAGGGAACUCUGAUGGAUGGAAACUGAUGUAAGAGUUUUGGAGCAAAAGAGGAAAAAAAUUGAAUGUGAUAUGAUUUGUCAGUUUUUAUACAAGUUCCUCAAUUUAGUUUAAGUAUUUCGACAUCGCAACGUUUGGUUUAGUAAAACUUCAUUAAUUCGAGAAGUGACAAAAGAAAUAUUGUGUUCAUUUAUCCGAAAAAUGGAAGUGCUCAGCUGAGAGUGAUAUCGAACAAAGAAAUCUGACCGGACCAAACGGGGCCUAAAUCAAUUUGUUUGAAAAGUGAUGGCUCUAUUAGGGUCACAACGAGCAUCCUUGACCAAGAUUUCUAUGGAGCCAAUUUUCACUGCAAGUGAUAACUUUUCGCAAUCCUAGUGAGCGGUGGACAAAAGGGAAGGAAAAGUGUGCUAAGGAAAACCCCUCACUUUGGAUCUGCCAAAACAGUCAAAGGCGGCGUGGAAGUCGCAGUGAGCAGAGCGCGCGCGGAAAAUCGAUACCGUUUCCUUUUCUGUCAAACACAGCCUACUGAGGAAGGCACAGGACUCCGCAUUGAAGUUGGCUGCGGUUGGGUUUGUUUUUCUUCCAUCGUUCGUCGUCGUCGAUUCUUCUAAAUGAGGAAAGUGGCGUCAAAAUAACAAGGGGGAAAUUCCAUAUGAUGGGGAUGGGGGAGUCACGUUUUCUACCACAUGUAAGAGACGAAUGAAUGUUUUGUAUAAACUGAUCGCGCGCUCAAACGCUGUAAAUCCGAAAGCAAGGUGAUUAUAUGGCUGUGUUGGUUUGUGAUGUGCGUGUUGCAUAGUGGAAGGCGCGGACAAAGGACAACAACGAUGUAGAGAUGCUGCGGAGAUAAACAAGCUCAUACUGCACUAUAUUCGUAGAGUCGAGUGGAAAAGCUUUUCCAAUUUUCCUUCUGGAAUAGUGAAUAGCGAUAACGUUUCAGAAGUGGUUCUGCAGAACAAUAGUGUGUUGAUUGGGUCCUCGAAACCUGUCGAGUGGUGGAGAAAGCCCAACGAGGCAUCAUGAACGGCUAAAGAUCCUUGUGACGUACCCCGUACGAAGAUAAAGCACCGCAAUUGCACGAGUGCUUUUGCGUCUCGAGUCGAGUUCCAGAUAAAAAUCCAGGUCGUCAAAAUGCUCUACAAAUACGAGGAAGGUUCCCUUUACCUGCUGCGGAACGCCAGCACCGGGGCAUCCAUCGAUGCCAAAUUCGACACGAACUCGAUUGUGUGGCCCUUCCUGAUACAGAAUGCGAUGGAGAAUCCGCUCUGUACGACGACGGCUUCCGCCAAUUCUACGGUUUCGGUGUUACUUUGGACCACGAUUGCGGUGUUCGGGAUUGUGUACACAUUGUUGGGGUAUCGUUGUUUAAGAGCAAUAGGCUUCCUGACGGGGCUGGCAGCUGGAGCAGGCUGCAUUGUACUACUGCAGAGCAAAAAUAUUACAGGGUUCGGCAAUUUAGCAGCGCCAGCACUCGCUGUAGUGGCUGGCCUAUUUGGUGCUAUCCUCGGUUCAACACAUCCGAUUUCGUCCAUCCUAAUUGGAGCCUCGGCCGGAGCCCUGGUAGCGGGAGCUAUUAUUGCGUCCUGCAUUGCCACACUACCUCAUUACAUCUUUGGAGAAAAUGAGCUCUUCGUGUCCGUCGUGGGAGGGGCCAUCAUCUGUGCCAUAAUCGCACUAUUCUGCCCAAAGUUCAUGUCAAUCAUUGCUUCCAGUAUACUGGGAUCGGCCAUGAUCCUGUGCUCAAUCGACUUCUUCAUGCAUGGACUGAACACGCUGGAUUGGAUCGUCAACAUCAAGCCGGAACCGACGCCACCUCCCUGCUGGGGUGGGGUGAUCCUCAGCUGUUGGCCUAUUGCCGCGGUACUAGGGGUGCUGGUUCAGAGCUUUGUCACUGCCUGGAAAAUAGACCACCGACGACAGAUGAUGCAUCGGAGGCGUCGCCACUAUAAAGGCCGAACCGGGUCACGAUCGCGAGAGACACGGGAAGAGGCACGCCAGCGCAAGUACCGAUACUUGUACCAGGUGCGCACCGCCCGAGGAGACAUUAUAUCUCAGAACUUCGUAUCCGCCCUCCAGAAGCACGUCACCACAGAUUCCGGUCCACCGUCCGAGGUGUCCACCAAGCUGGGAUCGAACGAUCGCAACACGGCCCGCAGCGAUCGGACCCACAUGACCAACCUGCCCGAUUCGGACUUCGAGAAGCGGGAUCUGAGCUACGAGAAACGUUGACAUCCGGCCAAAUAGCACUCGCAUCAUCAACAGUUACCACUGCAACAGCAGCAACAAAAUUACCACUACUACUACCACAAUAGUCACCACCAGCAGCCACAGAAACACGAACGCACUUGUUACUAGAGCAGAUCAAUGGUGGACAAAGGGAGAAAUGACGGAUUUGAACGGGUUCAACGCAAUCCGAAUGAAGUCUCUAGUAAGAACUGUACAGGUAAGGUAAGAAAAGGUAAGUAAUCAAGAGAUUUUUAUACGGAGAUAAAGAAUCAAAAAGGUUAAAAGAAACAAUGACCGGAAUGAAUAUCCAGUAACGUUCUAGGGACGGGCAUUUCGUACGAAACAGAAUCAGUAACGAGAAACAAUGAAAAAGGGCGCUGCUAAAUGUCGCCGACAAAGGUUAAAGAAAGGAACGAUUUUAAACCAAGACAAAUGUGUAACGAUAUAAAUAUGAAGCCAUAUAAAUACCAAAUCAAUAACUGAAUCAAAUUCAUUGCUAUCUAAAGAUAAGGUUCAAUAAAUUGUACUUAUUUCAGAGUAGUCUGAAGUAAAACUUUUUGAUUCUCUUAAAGGAAUAAUCUAAAAAUCAAGCUACACAGUAAAACAAAUACAAAGAAAGGUGGAAAUGUCGAAUGUGAUUCAAGUUUUUAUCAAAAGUAGCAUCAAAAGUUGUAGGCGAUUGUUUUCCGCAGUAGAUUCAUGUUGUAGCCAGAAGCGGUUUAGGGUUUUUUUUGCGAAACAAACACAAAUACCGAAACGGAAUGGUUGUUUGAUUUACAAAAACAGAGGAAUAAUUUGAAGUUCUCAAAGAUGUCCAUCAUGCUCCGAAAGAAGCAUAGAAAAAUACACAAAUAUUUAUACAUCACAGCAGGAUUACAGUCGCAUGGAAGUUACAAUAAAGCAGAUAAUUACAAAUAGUCAAGGUCAAUGUUUCGAGCAGCGCAAUAGAACUUGUUUACGUUAGGUUAUAUUUUUGAACAAAAAAAAAACACAAAUGUAGUUAAAAACAAGCCGCCACACAGCCGUCAGAUCAAAAACAAAGUACGGAAUACAAUAAUGCGAAAUGAUAAAACGUGACAACUGGGGUGGAAAAGAGGAGUGCAGUAAAUCCCUUCCAAGAUGCAAAACUGAUCGGGAAUGAGAAAUAAAGUAGUGAAAAUGCAAAGGUAGAAUGUCGAAAGAGACAGAGAGUAAUAAAUGUACUAGGCUAAAGGAAAGCUCAAAAUAUAUAAGCCAUAUUUUGGAUUUAUCGGA